GCGGCCGAGCAGCGGGGCGAUCCUGACAUCAGCAUGGCGGAGACACUGCGCAGGCUUGGCGCAGAGGGAGUCUCGGCCACCAAGAAGAUGCGCUCAUCGCUGGUCAUGACUUUGAAGGGCAGCGCGCAGAUGCUAAUCAGAAGCGUGGAGGACCAGAACGGCGCGCUGGCGUGGCGCGGGGUGUGCAACGCGGGCGUUAAGAAGAGCAUCUGCCUGCGGAUGGUGCCGAAGAGCAUCCGCGCGGUGCUGCAGAUGCAGAGCGAGAGGAGCUACGACGAGCUGGUCAGCACCCAGAUCCAGUGCGUACAGGCGGCGACGGUGUGCGAG